CACGUAAGACCGCCUAUCUGUUGUUUUUAGCUUAGCCGAGACACGAGUAGAAUAGUUACCGAAGGAAGGGAACACGAUUAAGCUCAUCGUCUUCGAGAUUGGUUUGGUUUAAUUGUUUCAACAGAAGCUGAACACACUAAUCUUGAAGUCUGAAGUAAGUUGGACAUCAUGCCACUGCACCGUGACCGGGAGAAGAAGGAGAGUACAGCAGAAGAGAUGGAGGUAGAAGAUCACGACCAGGAGGCGACCACUUCAGAGGAGGAGGAUUCUGACACCUCCACUGUCUCCGAGGAUGGAGACAGCUCAGAAAUGGACGAGGAGGACUGUGAGCGGAGGAGAGUGGAGUGUCUGGAUGAAAUGUCCAACCUGGAGAAACAGUUCACUGAUCUCAAAGACCAGCUGUAUCGUGAGCGUCUCAGUCAAGUGAAUAGUAAGUUAACAGAAGUGGAGGCUGGUCGGGCAGCAGAAUAUCUGGAUCCUCUGGCUGUGCUGCUGGAGAACAUGCAGGUUCGCACCAAAGUGGCAGGUAUCUACAGAGAGUUAUGUUUGGAGUCUGUAAAGAACAAGUAUCAGUGUGAGAUCCAGGCAGCAUGCCAGCACUGGGAGAGUGAGAAGCUGCUGCUGUUUGAUACAGUUCAGAGUGAACUGGAGGAGAAGAUCAGGAGGCUGGAGGAGGACAGACAGAGCAUAGACAUCACAUCGGAACUGUGGAACGAUGAGUUGUCCGGGAGGAAGAAGAGGAGAGACGCUUUAAGUCCAGACAAGAAGAGGAGAAGACCGUCUGUGGUGUCUGAUAUCCUUUUACUGUUAACACCUCCAUCACUGAUCACACUCAUACUGCUGCUAUUGAACUUUCCUUAACCCUGUCCACGCCCAUAUAUAGUUUAUAUGCUCCCUGACUUGGACAUCCUGGAGGACUGGACAGCCAUCAGGAAGGCUGUGGCUACACUGGGGCCCCACCGAGGGAAAGCCGACUCUGACAGCCCUGCGUUCCCGUUCCGACAGGAUAGAAACAGACCCAUACUCAACUGCUGAGACACACACACACACACACACGCUCA